AAUCGAGCAGACCUCUCUUUUUCCGGCGACGCCUUUUCUCAGACGGACGGUGAGGAGACUUCCUUCUUGUGAAAGGAAACCUUCAUCGGCGGCGAAAGAAUUUAUCUUCCUUCCGUCGAUCAACUUCCGAUUCUCUCUGUAGUACCUAUUCCGGCGGCGGCAAGGAAGGAACUGAGCACUUCAUUAUAGAAUACAUUCUGUCCGUUAGGAAUGGCAUCGCGAUUUCUCCAAGCUUAUAGGAAACUCUUCGCUAAUCCAACGUUAAUCAGAAGUCAUCGUUUUGGCCAACCAAAGUAUGAUCCAUUUUCAUCUAUUAGUAGAAAUCUUUCGACAGAAGUUUCCUACAAGUCUCCAUUUGAAUCGAACAUUCUAAGGAUCCUCCGCAAUGAAAUCCAAUACCAGUCGGAAUUCGCUCCUCCUCGCCAGCCUGCUGUGCAAUUUAAUGCAUAUACAGUAGAAGAUCGACCUGGAGAGCAAUCGGUUAUACUGAGGAGUAAGUUUGGAGAAGACGAGAGAGUUAAGAUCGAGGCUACAAUGUUUGAUGGUUCUAGACCAGUUCCAAAGUAUGGUAAAUACGAAACUGGACAAGAUGUGCAUCUUCACAUAAGUCUUCUAGUCGACAUAUCGAAGGGAAAUAAAGAAGAUGGAAGUGAGGAUUUGGAAUUCGUUUGCUCGGCUUGGCCAACACAAAUAGAAAUCGAGAGAGUCUAUAUUUUCAACCGUGAUGCAAAUAAGCCAAAGCCAUACAUUGGACCUCAUUUUAGGGAUAUGGAUUACAAUCUUCAAAAGGAACUAGUGGAAUUCCUCAAGGUAAGAGGAAUAAACAAUGAUCUUUCUGUGUUCUUGCAUGAUUUUAUUGCAAAUAAACAUAGGAUUGAGCUUAUUCAAUGGUUGAGCAAUGUCAAAUCUUGUCUAGACAAGUAGUGUUAUUCUUAUUUGAAAUUGUGUAUCAUCUGGUUCCACAUUUGGACGAGAAAUCUUACAGAAACCCGCAAAUAAACGUAGGAUUGAGAUUAUUCAAUGGUCUAGACAAGUAAGUAGUCACACACAGGCUGCUGUUAUUCUUAUUUUGAAACUCUGUAUUUUUGGGGGCAUAGUCAAAUAGAAAUUAUUGAUGAUAAUAGAUUAGAAAUAAAGUGUGACAAAAUCCCCCUGUAAAUCAGGGUGAGGUAUGCUUAAAUGAUUUGUUUUUAUUUAAUUAAUAGUUUGGAUAUGAUUAUUAGACAGUCUCUUGAAUAUGACAAUUAGAUUAGAAGAAGAGGAUUUAACGAAUCUGGGAAAGAUUUAGUUUGGCUAAUUAUUAUGCUCCGUACGUUAACUGCCAAUUAAUAUUAAUAGAUAUUGUUUGGAAUCCAUAUUUCCAAAAAUAACUAAUUAUUUAUGUCGCUUUCUCAAGUGUCUUACAACUCAUCACAUUGUUGUUGUUUCUU